AUGCGUGCUUUAUUCGCCCUCACGGUGAUCCUCGGAAGCACAUUGCUAACCGCCAUUCCAACCGUUACCCCACUUCCGCCUCCCCAAGUUCCACUUAAAGCUCCUGAGCAUGGAAUCCAGCCCCAUUUGCCUCAAGGGAUCAUAUGUGGCAACAGCAUCCGAGUCGUCCUCCGCCAGAUCGCCUCAGGUCUGGACCAAAGCUAUCCAAACGACUGGGAAAGUCUGAUGACAAACCUGACUACCAAUGGAUCUUCAAGUACCCAGACAAUUGAGCCGUCUGAUCUCAAGUCCGUCAUGCAAACCUGGGGACUCGACAUCGACUUGUUUGGCAAGGCUUACCACGAUGUUCAGGUUUUAAUUCGGUCAGCUGUUGAUGAAGGUAUCUACAUUGCCCAGGGCCUUUCGUACAACUGGUCGCGCUGCCUGGGUCAUACGUCUCAUCACACAUGCUUUUCGACUCUGAUGGUUGUUGCGAGGGUGCCGUAUGUGGUCAGUGGCUACGUCUGGAGAGCCGAAGUUGGACACGUUUACAUAUCUUCAGGCGCCAAAACUUACAUCUGUCAUCAAUGCAUGUUUGGCUUAUGCGAGGCUCGCUGUCACGACCACGCCGAAGACCCUAAAAGACUCUUGCAUAUUAUUGCCGUCAUGUCAGCCUCCCAGGCCGGCUGGGCUCUAAACCAUCUCCCAAAGCCUCCAGCAGACGUACCCUUCGCCACUACCGACGUUUCUCAUCCCCAAUCUUUGGCCGCUCCUUCAUCUCCUCUUCGGCGUAGUCGAUUCGACCGCCUGUUGCGGCUCUUCCGCAGAAAAGCGGCAGAGAAUCGCGAUGUGCGCCAGGCGUACCGAGGAGGUUUGCUUGCAGCGACCCUAGACCCCAAGGUGCUCAUGGGGUUUUUGCGCGUUGCGUCGGCGUCGUCUUACUUCAAGAUCCCUAUCUAUGACAAGAUCCCAGUCGAUGACCAGCUCCCCUACCCUUUUCAGCAGUACCAAGUCGUCGGUGAUUCUGAUACCUCCACAGCUGCAUUGACGAUGAGCCCUUCCUUUGACGCCUUGAAGGAGUCGAUUCACAAGUAUGCCGAGUCCUGGGGAAAAGUCAUCGGAGAGGUCGGAUCCAGAGUCAACUCGGACGUCCAGCGACGGGUAUGUCUCGGCUUUGAUGCCCUCGACUACCAAUCCACCUCAAACGUGCUGCAGGGAGUGCCGACAAGUAACAUGCCGCGCCUUGUGAAUUAUGUCGUUGACAGGGACAGCCUCCCCCGACAAGAAGACGUUAAACGCCUCAUGUCUGGCGUCAAGUACUCGACUGACUUUACUUGGACGGCCGAGUCGAUGACAUUCACCAACCCGGCCGGUGAGCAGUCUUAUUUCAUUUUUGCAAACGAGGAGACAUAUAUCGAGUAUGUGCCACAUACGAUGACGUUGAACGAUACGCUGGUGUUGGAGAUGUACUGGGAGAUGAUUGCGUUCCGUCAGAUUAUGAUUAGUCUGGGAGAAGAGCCGCCCAAGACCCCGGAUAUGAGCGGACUUUGCAAUCGGUCCAUGCUUUAG